UACCUGCUCUGUAAUGACUUAAAACGCUCGAGUCAACUACAGCGACUUCAAAGUUCGAGCUUUCUUUCUUUCUUUCAAACCUUAAAACGAAAGCCAACGAUCGAGUGAUCAUAUGGGGUUCCAAAAAGACAUGCCGUUCCUACCAGAGAAGGAAGCAUUUGCCGAUGAUUGGGCUGAAACCGUCAACAAGGUGGUCCCUGCGGUGGUGGUUUUGCAAACAACGACAUGUCGUGCGUUUGAUACUGAGCUUCCUUCCUCUGGCUCUGCCACUGGGUUCGUUGUUGACAAGCAACGCGGUAUUAUCCUGACUAACCGACAUGUUGUCAAUCCUGGCCCCGUCAAUGCCCAAGCUAUAUUUGUAAGCAACGAAGAAACUCCACUGCGUCCAAUAUAUAGAGAUCCGGUUCAUGAUUUUGGAUUCUUUUCUUAUGAUCCUGGUGCGAUACAAUUUUUGAACUAUGAGGAGAUUCCUCUUGCCCCUGAGGCUGCUUCUGUUGGACUGGAAAUCAGAGUUAUUGGAAAUGAUAGUUCUGAGAAGGUUUCCAUUUUGCCUGGUAUCCUUGCUCGUCUGGAUCGAAAUGCUCCUACUUAUGAAAAAGAUGGUUAUAAUGACUUCAAUACCUUCUACCUGCAAGCAGCAUCUGGAACUAAGCCUGGUUCCAGUGGUUCCCCUGUAAUUGAUAAGCAAGGUAGGGCAGUGGCCUUGAAUGCUGGGAGCAGUUCAUCAAGUUCAUCAGCCUUCUAUUUACCUUUAGAGAGAGUUGUUAGGGCAUUGAGACUUCUUCAGAAGUGCAAAGAUGCUCGUGCCAAUAAAUGGGAGACAGUAUCUAUACCUCGUGGUACACUUCAGGUAACAUUUCGCCAUAAGGGAUUUGAUGAGACACGCCGACUUGGUCUUCAAAGUGAAACAGAGCAGAUGGUACGACAUGCGUCUCUACUAGGUGAAACCGGGAUGCUUGUUGUCGACUCUGUGGUGCCAGGUGGUCCAGCUUAUGGGCAACUAGAGCCAGGGGAUAUGCUUGUUUCCGUGGAUGGGGAAUUAACUACUCGGUUUUUGAAAUUGGAGACAUUACUAGAUGACAAUGUUGAUCAAAAGAUUGGGCUACAGAUUGAAAGGGGUGGCAUAUCAUUGACUGUUAAUUUAACGGUUCAGGAUUUACACACAAUAACUCCUAAUCAUUUCUUAGAAGUAAGCGGUGCAGUGAUACACCCAUUGUCUUAUCAACAGGCCAGAAACUUCUCUAUCCAAUGUGGUCUUGUAUAUGUUGCAGAACCUGGGUAUAUGCUACAGAGAUCUGGAGUUCCUUGCCAUGCCAUCAUUAAGAAGUUUUCUGGUGUUGAGAUAUCACAACUAGAAGAACUAAUCUUGGUUUUCUCUAAGCUAUCAAGGGGUGCUCGAGUGCCAUUAGAGUAUAUAAGGCACAAUGAUCGUCAUCGAGCGAAGUCUGUGAUAGUCUGUAUUGAUCGCCAUGAAUGGUAUGAUGCUCCAAAGAUUUACACUCGGGAUGAUAGUUCGGGUUUAUGGAUAGCAAGGCCUGCUAUUCAACCUAAGUUCCUGCAGCUGUCAUCUUGUAGCAGUGAUGCUGAACAACGUCCAAAAAUUCAAUCUUUUUCAUUAUCUGGUGAAUCUACUCUGGCAAAACAUAUGCAUCAAUCUAACAAACAGGAGUUGACAAAUGGUGUUGCGAGGAUAGAAGACAGUAAUGGAUAUAUUUCUAAGGAAGCCCAUUCUGGAGAAGAAUACGAUGCUAAAACUAAGGAGUGCCAAGAACAGGGGCAUUUUUCUUGUAAGGAAAUUGUCGCUGCCAACUGUUCUUCUCGUGAAAUUGGAGAAAUUAAAUUGAAGGAUCCAAGUACCACAGAAAAAACAGUGUUGAAUGGCAUUGAAACUGCAACUUCAACUGCUUCAUUUGCAGAAAGUUUGAUAGAGCCAGCUCUUGUCACGCUCGAGGUUGAUGUCCCACCAUCUUGUUUGCUUGAUGGUGUCAAGUCAGUGGCGUCUUCUGGGACUGGUGUUAUCGUGCAUCAUUCUCAAUGUAUGGGGUUGGUUGCAAUUGACAAGAACACAGUUGAAAUAUCUGCAUGCGAUGUGAUGCUAUCAUUUGCUGCAUUUCCUAUUCAAAUCCCUGGGGAGGUUGUGUUUGUUCAUCCAGUUUACAAUUUUGCUCUUGUUGGUUAUGACCCCUCUGCUCUUGGAGCUGAUGGUGCUUCAAUGGUUCAUGCUGCUGAACUACUUCCAGAGCCUGCACUAUGUAGGGGAGAUAGAGUGUAUCUUGUUGGAUUAAGUAAAAAUCUACGAGCACAGUCUAGGAAAUCUACUGUAACAAAUCCAUGUCUCGCAAUAUAUGUUCACCAAGUUGAUCGUCCACGGUACGGAGCAACAAAUAUGGAAGUGAUUGAACUUGAUUCUGGUUUUGGCAGUGAAUUCACUGGCGUGCUGUGUGAUGAGCGUGGAAAGGCACGGGCUAUAUGGGGGAGCUUUUCAAAUCAGGAUUAUCAAUUUGUUCGAGGUAUCCCAAUAUAUAUGAUCAGCCAAAUAGUUGACAGUAUUAUAUGUGGUGGAAAUGGGCCAUCUCUUCUCAUAAAUGGUGUCAAAAGGGGAAUGCCACUUAUUAGGACUUUGGAGGUUUCACUUUGUCCCAUGUUGCUUUCAGAGGCCCGGAAUUUCGGUCUCAGCAAUGAUUGGAUUCAAGUACUUGAUGAGAAAGAUCCAGUUAGACGACAAGUUUUGUGUGUAGAAGGUAGUUAUGCUGGAUCUAAAGCUGAGAACGUAUUAAAACAAAGUGACAUGUUGUUGGCAGUCAACAAAGAGUCAAUUACUUGCUUCCGUGACAUAGAAAAUGCUUGUCAAGCAUUAGAGGAGUGUGGUGACAGUGAUGGGAAGCUUAAAAUAACCGUCUUUCGCCAGGGAUGUGAAGUCGAUCUUCUUGUUGGAACAGAUGUUAGGGAUGGGAAUGGCACCACACGAGCGAUAAGUUGGUGUGGGUGUCUUGUUCACGAUUCUCAUCCAGCAGUGCGUACUCUUGGAUUUCUUCCUGAUGAAGGUUAUGGAGUAUUUGUGACAAAGUGGUCUCUUGGAAGUCCUGCAGAUAGAUAUUGUCUAAGUGCUCUUAAAUGGAUUGUUCAAGUCAAUGGAAAACCAACUUCUGAUUUAGAUGCCUUUGCUAAUGUGGUAAAGGAACUAGGACCUGAUGAGUGUGUGCGUGUAAAGACCGUUGACCUGGAUGGGAAGCCACAAGUGCAAACACUAAAGCAGGAUUUGCACUACUGGCCUACGUGGGAGUUGAGAUUUGAUCCAGACACCGCAAUGUGGCGUAAGACUACAAUAAAUGCAUUAGAUUGCAGUAAUGGAUAAACAGAUUGUUCUAUCAAGUUUUGGUAUUCUCUGGAUCUUUUGGGAUUGAGGAUUCAGCAGCACUAGUCUAAGUUUCGAGUUUCUAAUUUGAAUUCUUUCAAUUAUCUUGAUUAUAAUCUGAUUGGUCUCCACCCUAUGCUGUUCUUAGUGGAGUUUUCAGCUGGUUUUUUCUGCAAGAAACCUUGACUACAUGGGUUCUCUGCUGCUACUGCUGGUAUUCCAGCGUAUAGUUUUACGUGGUUUAUCGGUCUCGGUUUGAUAGCUCUAGUUUUGCGUGUUGUAACUUGUAACUGUGGUAACUUUUGUAUUUCAAAUUGUUUUUUAUUUUUUAAAAAAAUUAAAUUAAUGUUUUUUUUAUA